UUUCAUUCUUUUAAUGAACCAACCAAAUAACUGGUUCAAUGUACAAUAAAAUUGUACAGUUAAAACUAGUUUUACUAGUCAACUAGUCAACAACUAUGGAACACGAGCAUCAUCAUCCUCAUCAACAUGAACAUCAACAUGUCAGUGCAAAUCCCGCAAAUCCAUCAGGACCAAUUGGAAAUGAAGGCUUAUUUCUUAGUUAUAACUAUUUAGGUAGUUAUUUAUUGUGUUUAGCCCUAUGGUGGUGGAUUCAAGCAUUAAAACAAUGUUAUUCCAAGUUGGCAAAAAAUCCGAUCAACGAGAAAUACACUGCAUCAAUCUCUUAUGGAUUAUGUCAUUAUAAACGUAUACAUAUUCAUGAAGGUUUUGUUAAAUUAAUCUGUUGUAUUAUUGGUCUCAUCGUAGAAUGGUUCACAUUAAAAUAUGGUCGUCAUCAUGAAUAUGCUCAAUUUCCAUUUUAUACAGCAUUUUUAACAGCUGCCUUAUUAGAUCUAUGCAUUGGAACAAUUAUUAUUGCACCACCAAAAGGAUUUGAUUACAUUAUGCAUGCUUUACCAUUUUUUAUCCAUGGUUAUUGUUUACGUGCUCAAUCGUAUGAUCAACCACCAUUGACAGAAACAUGUCGACUGUUGAUUAGUUAUUGGGCUGUGAUUACUGGAUUAUCGAUACUGUGUGAAAUGUUAUUCAAUCAAUCUUUGAUUUGGACAUGUAUUAAAUGUUUCAGUGUUCAGUUACAUGCAACAUGGAUUUGUCAAGUCGGUUAUUUAUUGAACUCACCAUUUACUCCUGUUGAAAAAUUAUGGAAGGAAGAUGAUCAUGCUGCUGUUAUGUAUACUGUGAUCAUUUUUGUAUGGCAUAUGUUUUUCAAUAUGAUUGUAUUAUUUGGAUUGCUGAUUUUAGUAGCUAAAUAUUAUGGUGUUUCACCGGAUUGGAUGAAUAGUGCGAUGGAUUCAUCGACUAUAAGACGAACAACGGUGGCAUCGCAUAAAUAUGAUCGACCGGUGUUGAACAAAUCGAAUAUCGGGCAUUCUUCAUUUGAUAAUAUUGAAUAUACACAAUUGCUUAAUAAUACAGAUUAUGUUGAAUAGUAAUGAUUACUAAGCUAAUACUACUGAUAUCCUUAUUACUACUACUACUACUAAUACUGGGUAAUAGUAGUAUCAUUAAUAAGAAUAACAGUGAAUUGAACAUUGAAGGUGUGUUUUUGUUUUUAUUGACCGAAAUCAAACACGAUCAAUGUGAUUUUAAUGCUUUGUUAUUUCUCUCAUGCUUAUUAGUACUACUAUUACUACUGUUUAUGAUAGAGUAAUCGUACUAACUAAUAAAAAUGAGUUGAACAUUGAACGUAAGUGUGUGUGGGUUUUUGGCUUUCAAUCUACCAUUGUUUGUUUGACCCGAAUUCAAUGAUCAAUAUUUUUUUAAGUGUUUUAAUUUCUGUUUUCUGCUUUUCUUUUGAUUCCAUCUCAUUUUGAAUAUAUAUUUGAUGAAAAAAUGUAUUCUCAUUAUCAUGGAAUGUGAUGAUAAGAUUGAUAUUUGUGACUUUUUCAUUAUCUUCUCACGAAAAACAGAACUACUACACCGUACACACACAAUUUCAGUUGAUGUUUUCAAUAAGU